GUUAGCCUCACGCUAGCAGGCAGCAAGGUGGAUACCGAAGGAGGCUAAAGGGUACAGGAGUUACAGGAGUGGGUAUAUCCUACCGUUAGUUCAACUUUAAACGUAAAUAUAGCUGGACGAGUUACGUGUGGUAACGUUACAAUGUUCAACUUGAUCAAGUCCAAGGCACUGAGCGUGUCGUGGCAAUGCUGUGGAGCCACCACAACUCAGCUCAAUGUUACGAGACUAGCAGGCAUGACCCUCUCACGGAGACUAGAAUCCACCAGCGCUAGGGGAGAGGUCUAUGAUAUAAUCAUAUCAGGAGGAGGAAUGGUGGGAACUGCAAUGGCCUGCUCUCUAGGCAUGGAUGCAAAUUUGGAAGGGAAAAAGAUUCUCCUGCUUGAGGCAGGCCACAAGAAAGAGAUGGACAAGCCCCCUGACACUUACAGCACAAGAGUCAGCUCAAUCAGUCCUGGUUCAGCCACACUCCUCAGUGGUCUUGGAGCAUGGGACCAUGUCCUGAACAUGAGAUGCAAGCCCUAUCAGAGAAUGCAGGUUUGGGAUGCAUGCUCAGAUGCCCUCAUCACAUUUGAGAAGGAGAACUUGCAAGAAGAGAUGGCUUACAUUGUGGAGAAUGACAUAGUCGUGGCUGCCCUUACCAAACAGGUGCAGACACUGACCGAUAAUGUUGACGUGAGAUACAAAACCAGGGUGGUAAAGUAUGACUGGCCAAAGUCUUAUCAAAUGGCCGACUCCAACCCUUGGGUGCAGGUGACACUGGCCGGUGGAGAGGUUCUGCAAACAAAGCUUCUGAUCGGGGCUGAUGGACCAAACUCCAUGGUGUGCCGAGAGGCUGGGAUCCCUAAAGUGAAGUGGGAUUACGACCAGUCUGCAGUCGUGGCUGUGCUUCAUCUGUCAGAGCCGACGGAAAACAAUGUUGCUUGGCAGCGGUUCUUGCCGACUGGCCCUAUAGCUUUGCUUCCACUCUCAAACACCGAGAGUUCACUGGUGUGGUCCACCAACCAUCAGCACGCAGAGGAUCUCCUAGCGCAGGAUGAGGAGAGCUUCGUAGACGCCAUCAACUCUGCGUUCUGGAGCAAUGAGAACCACACAGAGCUGACUGAGCGGGCGGGGUCCAUGCUCGGGACUGCUCUCUCGGUUCUAAUGCCCUCCGGAACCUCCACGCGGCAGUUGCCCCCGAGUGUGGCAGGUGUGAGCCCUAAUAGUCGUGUCAUGUUCCCGCUAGGCCUGGGCCACGCCUCUGAAUACAUCCGCCAUCGUACGGCCCUGGUUGGAGACGCCGCACACCGCGUACACCCAUUGGCUGGCCAAGGUGCCAAUCUGGGUUUUGGGGACGUGGCCAGUCUAACGCAAAUCCUCAGUCAAGCAGCUUUUGAUGGAAAAGACGUGGGAGACAUGCAGCACUUGCUGGAAUACGAGACAGACCGACAACGACACAAUCUGCCUAUGAUGACUGCAAUUGACCUAUUGAAAAGGCUGUAUUCAGUCAACAAUGUCCCUGUUGUGCUGUUGCGAAUGUUCGGUCUACAGGCUACUAACUCCUUACCUCUGUUGAAAGAGCAGAUUAUGGCCUUUGCCAGCAGAUGACUUUCUAUCCCAGUAUACUGUCCCAGAAAUAUGUCAAGUUAAUUGCACAUGUCCAAAGUGUAAGAGUGUAUACUAAUACACAUUUUUAUACUGACAUUAUUGACAUUACGGUUUCAUUUUGAGGAAAAAACUGCUCUUCAUGCGAAGUUUUUGCCACAGUCACUUGUGUGAUAAUUGAGUUUGAUUGGUGAAUAUGAUUCAUCAUAUAAUAUAUCAGAUGUUAUAUGUUUUGGUAUGACACAAAAAAAACCCACAAAAACCUUGUUAUGUGAAUAUGUUGCAACAUGAACAAGUACUUAUCUUUUCAAUGUAAUGAGCAAUGUUUGAAUUAAAACAAAUACAUAAGA